AUGGAUGGGGAUAUUACCCAGCACGGCAACGACGCUGCCGAUAAAGAAGUCGCCCGUCUAUGGCGCACUUGGCGAACGGUGCAUGAGAUGCUUGCAGACCGAGGCUACGAGGUCUCCGACGAUGAGUUAACGAUUUCCUUGGAGAAAUUUCGACGAGAUUAUGCCGACCCUCUUGGCUUCCCAGAGGAGCCAUUGGCUAACAUCUAUCUCUUCUACAGCCGCGCCAGAAUGAAGAUUGUCGCACGUCCCACUGAACUCAUGAAAAUCAAGUACACAGCUCUACCCAGCAAAUCCAACCCCGACCCACAACCAGACUGCGGCACGAUCUACGUCGACUUCUGCGCCGAUGCCUCCGGCGUCGGUACCAAGCAAGUCCGGGCUUUCAAUCACACCGUCGAUGAGAACAACUAUCACACCGGUAUCUUCAUCACCCAGGGCAAUGUCUCUCCCUCCGCCUUGCGCCUGCUUGCUAGUAUCCCUGGCCAUAUCUGUGAGCAUUUCCAAGAGCAGGACCUGCUGGUCAACAUCACCCGUCACGAGCUUGUCCCCAAGCACGUCCUUCUGAGCCCCGAGGAGAAGGCGAAGCUGCUCGAGCGCUACCGUCUCAAGGAGUCGCAACUUCCUCGUAUGCAAAUCACAGAUCCCGUCGCUCACUACCUGGGCCUGCGCCGUGGACAAGUGGUAAAAAUCAUCCGCAGGAGUGAAACGGCUGGUCGAUAUGCCAGUUACCGAUGGGUGAUCUAG